GUGCUUUUUACUUUUUAGUUUUUUAGUUUUUACUUAUUACUAUUUACUUUAUCACACUAUUCACACCAUCAGAAAUCAGUAUACACCAACGUUCAAACGUAUGUGUGUCAUGUAAAUAUGUCAUAUGUAGUGGUUAGGUGAUAUUCAUUAGGUAUCCUUUCCCAGUGUCCAACUAUCAUAAGUUGCCCACUUUUAUAAACCUGUGUAUAUUAUAUAAAAGUGACAAAACUCGUGGCUAGUUGUUGGCAAUUUUUUAUAUUAAAAAUUAACUAACCUAAUUCAUUGAGUACGUAUAUUUACUGAAAAUUUAUAACUUUUAUUUACUAAUCUAGUCAAAUAACUUGUUUCCAUAACAUUUUAUCAAACUUGACGGAGCACACGUUAUAUGUUUUCAAGAAUCUUCAAAGUGUUUAACUCAAACAUAAAUAAAAUGGAACCAUUACAUUAUCUUAACAUUCCAACAGAAAAAGCAACCUUUUCUAUGGGCUGUUUUUGGGCUCCCGACAGUCUUUUUGGUUCUACUCCAGGAAUUAUUACUACAAGAGUUGGUUAUGCAGGCGGCACUGAAGGUUUAAUUCCCACGUAUAGAAACAUUGGUGACUAUACAGAAGCCAUUCAAUUGCAAUAUGACCCAAAUACUGUCUCUUAUUUAGAGUUAUUGAAAAUGUUUUGGGACCAUCAUGAUCCUACUGCUAAGUUUAAAAAGCAAUACUCAUCGUUCAUAUAUUAUCACAAUGAUCAACAAAAAUCAGAAGCCGAGCAGACUCUAAAUGAGAAGAAAGCCAAGGGUCUUGAUAUCCUGACUAAAAUAGAACCUGCUGGUCAAUUCUUCAAUGCUGAAGAUUACCAUCAAAAAUACCGAUUGCAACAACACAAGAACCUAUGCAACGACCUUGGUCUUAAGACCGGAGAUGACCUGAUUAAUUCCCAUGUAGCUGCUAGACUAAAUGGUUACGUCGUUGGUCAAGGAGGAAUUGAUCAGUUUGAUUCAGAAGUUUCAAAGUUAAGAUUAGAUGAAGCAGCAGUUUCAUACAUAAGACAAUUAGUGAUUAAAUACGAAGGUCAAGGAUUACAUUGCUGAUUAAAAUAUUUUGUUUUUGUGUUUUAAAAUUACAAUUUAUUUUGUAAUGUAUCUACUUACAUUGUUUGCACUUUUGGCAUGUUUAAAUUGUGUAAAACUAUUGAAUAUUAAUAAUCUUCGGACAAAUCAAUAAUUGAGUAUUACCUAUACUAAUAGUACAAUAUACAUGCAUGAUGAAUUA